CACAGCAGCAGCAACAGAAGCAGCAGGAACAGAAGAAGCAGGCUAGCAGGAGGAAGAGGAGGAGCAGGAGAAACAGAAUAGCGGGAAGAGCAGCAGUAGGAUAAGCAACCGCAAGGGGAGCAGGAGAAGUAGGAGAGCAGGAGGAGUAGAGAAAGCAGGAGCAGUAAAAGCAGGAAGAGCAGAAGAAGCAGGCUGGCAGCAGGAGCAGCAGCAGGAAUAGAAGAAGUAGGCGAGUAUGAGCAUAAUGGGCAGAAAAAGCAGGAGCAGGUGAAACCAGCUAGUAUAAGCAGGGGGUGCAUGAAAAGCAGAGGAAGCAAGAGGAACAAGGCAGCAGGCUAACAGGAGCAACAGGAGGCUAUAAGGAGCAGGAGAAGCAAGCUAGCAGGAACAGGAGAAGAUGAUGAAGCAGGAGCAGAAGAAGCAGAAUCAGGAGAAGCAUAGAAAGCAGAAGAAGCAAGAGCUGCAGGCUAACAAGAGCAGGAGGAGCAGGCUGGCAGGAGCAGGAGAAGCACAGGAAGCAGGAGUAGCAGAGGAGGCAGGAGAAGCAGUCUAGCAGGACUACAAGAGGCAGAGGAAGCAGGAGGAGCAAGACCAGCAAGCUAACAGGAGCAGCAGGAACAUAGGAAACAUGAGCAGGAGGAGCAGGCUAGAAUAAGCAGGAGGUGCAUGGAAAGCAGAGGAAGCAAGAGGAGCAAGAGCAGCAGGUUAACAAGAGCAGCAGGAGAAGGCUGGGAGGAGCAGGAUAUGCAGACGAAGCAGGGGCAGCAGAGGAAGCAGAAGCAGGAGGAGCAUAGGAAGUAGGAGCAGGAGAAGCAAGAGCAGCAGGCAAGGAGGAGCUGCAGGAGGAGCGUAGGAAGCAGGAGCAGGAGAAGUAAGAGCACCAGGCAAGGAGGAGCAGCAGGAGGAAGCGUAAGCAGUAGGAGCAUAGGAAGCAGGCUAGGAGGAGCAGGAGAAGCAGGCUGCAUUCUCCUCCCAUUCCCCUCUUUCUCUCUCUCUGCGCUCUCUGUUUAAACACCCCUCCUCUCCCCCUCCCCCCAUCUUCAUCAUCUUCACUGUGUUGAGUAUUGAGGGAGGGGAGGGUGAGAGAAAGACCCUCAGCAGCCCCUCAGCCGCUCAGCAGAUGCAGCUCAGCAGCAGCAGCAGGUUUUGAGCUGUUCGGUGCUGGAGUCGCGUGCGCACUUGGAUACGGGAAGCUAGGAUACUACUGGGAGAGUACUGGGACAGCUGGAGGAGCAGAGAUGGCUCUAGCGGACCCGGACCGCGGCGUGACCAACGGAGGAGACUCUCCAGCCCCGUUCUCUGAGAUCAUCGAGCUGAACGUGGGCGGUCAGGUGUACGUGACCAGGCACAGAACUUUGGUGUCGGUUCCGGACUCUCUGCUCUGGAGCAUGUUCAGUAAGAAGACGCCCCGCGAGCUCGCGCGGGACAGCAAGGGGCGCUUCUUCCUGGACAGGGACGGUUUCCUCUUCCGCUACAUCCUGGACUACCUGCGGGACCUGAACCUCGUGCUGCCCGACUACUUCCCGGAGAAGAGCCGCCUGCAGCGCGAGGCGGAAUUCUUCCAGCUGCGCGAGCUCUCCAAGCGCCUGAGCCCCCGAGUCAGCAAGGAGAACUCCAUCAGCGAGGACCUGUCCCACAUCAGCAGCGACUGGGACGAGGCUCCCGGCCCGGGGGGCGCCUUGCUGCCCCCCUCCACCUCCCCGUCUCCCUCCCAGGAGAACAAGAAGUCCUGCGGCUACAUCACGGUGGGCUACCGGGGGUCCUACACUAUCGGGCGCGACAUCCAGACCGACGCCAAGUUCAGGCGCGUGGCUCGGAUCACCGUCUGCGGAAAAACCUCCCUGGCCAAGGAGGUGUUCGGGGAGACCCUCAACGAGAGCCGAGACCCCGACAGACCCCCGGAGCGCUACACCUCGCGCUACUACCUCAAGUACAACUUCCUCGAGCAGGCGUUCGACAAACUCACCGAGUUCGGGUUCCGCAUGGUCGCGUGCAGCUCCACGGGCACCUGCGCGUACUCCAGCAACGAGCCCAGCGAGGACAAGGUCUGGACCAGUUACACAGAAUACGUGUUCUGUAGAGACUGAGACUCAACACUGGCACUGCUGUAAAUAAUAGCCUAUAGAAAUAAUACUAAAAAAAAAAAACAGUCACUCACAGACUGCAGCUUAUAUAGCUCCCUCACAUCUGUAGAGUAACAUCUGUCCAGAUGUUGUUUAGACAGCUUUACAUUUCUUUAUACUUAAGGUGACAGUUUCACAAACCUGAUCAAAGAAAAUCCAGCUGAUAAUCCAGAAAAAAAUCAAAUAUAUGCCUGCUCAAGAGAUAGAUAAAGAACAUACCCAGCAUACACACACAAACAUACAAAGCUGUAUGUUUGUAUGUUUUUUUGUACCAGUAAACAUUAUAAACAUUAUCAUCAACAGAAUAUGUGUCAAGAACUUGAUGAUCCUAAAUUGUCUGGCUUUCAAAUGAAAAAAAGUAUAAUUAAAAUAUAUAUUGUUUAUUAGUACAGUGAUGACGAAUGUACAUUUUGCCUGCUUAAAUGGUACAAGUGUGUACUUUCUGAUGUUAGGAAAGACUUUGUACUUCAGAGGGAACACAUCUGACCCUGUAAAGACCAAUAUUAUACCUCUGAUGGUACAAUUAUGAAAAGUGUACCUUUAAGUACCUCUGUUUUUUAGUGUGCAGCAUAAUGUAUGUUUUCUCUGGCUAACCAGCUGGAUUUUUUUAUCAGGACAUUGUUUAAAAAAUAUUCUGCAUAGUUCAUAAUUAACUCGUCAAUCAGAGUGGGUUGGUAUGAAAUGGUCUGUGCAGUAUAAAAUUCUCAUGUUGUUGUUGGUGGUGGUCAUUCAAACAUGAUUUAACAUAUCUCCAAUAGGCUACAAUGGUCAGGAAUGCACCGAAUGUCUGCUAGAAUGGUAAAAUGUUAAAGAGUUCAAUAAAUAUUUUUUCAUUAUAAGACCAAAAAAUGCAUUUACGCUAUUUAAUUUUUGUGAAGAUGAUAAAAGUAUCAAAAUGAAUGAAAUUCUGCAAAACAGAACAUACUUUGUAUUGGCCAAGAAUUUCAUUUUUACAGUGUUGUACAGUUGUACUGUUUUUUUUCAUAAUUUAACAUAGAGCAAAUAUAGCUAUUCUAAUUUCUAUUCAAAAUGACCAGUUAACCAUACACAUGACUACUGAGUUUGGAAAAUAGGUAAUGUUAAUUAUAAUGGAAAAAAGUUGUGAAUGAAACAAAAUAAUCAAUUUCUUUCUUACAGCGCCCUUUAUGUAUAGGUUUAUUUUAUUUGGAUAUAUGUUCACCUAAAAUUCAGCUAACAAUCAACUGCAAGUCUAUUAAAUGCAAGUUAACCCUACAUUGAAUUUAAAUGAUUUUUUAUAGAACCUAUUCUUACACCUAACUCUCAGCCUAACCUCAACCAUGACCAAAAAGUGUUACCAAUAAAGAAUUAAAAUUGUGAUUUUCUGGCAGCAAGGGUUGCCUCAAAAAACAUUCUACUUAUCAGAAAGUUACCAUUGUUUUACAAAUAUUUUGUGUAACAUUACCUAAUGGGGCUUUUUCUAACCAAAUGAUACUUUUUAUUUUACAGUUUGUAUUACAGUUUUUACAGCAGCUAAAACAGAUAACCCAUGUUUUCUGUAUAUAUAUAUAUAUAUAUAUAUAUAUAUAUAUAUUUGUACACCUAUUCACAUUACAAUAGACAAUGUUUUCUCAUAAUUUUAAUGCAGAUUUGAGAGAAGCACACUGCAGAGAAAAGGCUGUAAACUUUUUUUACAGUGCAUAAAAAUAUAAAAAAAAAAAACACCAAAAUCUUCUGUAGAACUUCUGUAGAACAAUGUUUCAUAUAUCUGUCAGUAUAUUUUAUGUAGGCUAAUAGCUUAUAGCUUUCUGUUGGGGUAACUUUUAUAGAGGCAUUAAAUCCUUCAGACAUGUUGAUCUAGUCACCAACACUGAGACUAAUUCUGAAUUGGUAAGUUUCUCUAUAACUGCACAGUUCAUAUCAAACCACUCUAUGUGACGCAUAUUGUUUACAUCUUAAUUUAAUUAUGCAGAAUUAAACUACUAGUGAAAUUUAAACUUUAAUUAAAAUGAAAAAGGUCAAAAAGCUCAAACUGUGAGGCUGUGGAAACAUUACUUCAAAACAUUUGACAUUAGUUUUGUUCUGUCUUUAUAGCGUUUUCUAUAGGGUACUGGCCGUUUUACUGAGGAGGAGCUGUAAAUAGCUUUAGCUGUAGACUUGUGUGGCCUACAGCGACUCUUCAGAGCACAUUCUGAGCCAGUGUGUGACUUAGUUUUUAUAAUGAAGUGUGACCUAUACGUUUCAUUAUGCAUGUGCUGUCAUACCAGUAAAGGACUGAAGUAUUCUACGGUAUGGAACAAAACCAAAAUAGAUACCUAAGACUUAGCUGAAUGUUCUUAGUUGUACAUGGAAAGCAGAAAUAGCCAACAUGUCUCUUGGGGAAAUGAAACACUGGACUGAAAACAGCUUGAGAGAAGAUGAUUUACAGCAUCUGUAAAGAAACAUGCUGAUAGGCCUGUAUGCUUUAGAACUCUCUGCUCUCUCUGAUGUUAAUCAAACUGGUAGUUCUUUCUUUGUUAAAUUGCAUGAUGCUCUCUUCCUUCAAGAGACAGAUUGAUCUUAUUUAUUUAUUUAUUAUUAAUAAAAAUAAUAAUUUAUUUAUUAUUUAUUUUUUGUUAUUUUUUUAAUCUGUUAAGUAAAUAGUACAGGAUAGUUUAAACAUUCUAUAAAAAAGUUUGUCUUUUUACCUAGGGUUUUUUUUUAAUAAUAAUCCAUCUUUUGAUUUCCAUGUACAACCAUAAAAGCUUGAUCGUUAACUUGUAUAGGAUUUAUUCCUUUUUUUUUUA